AUGGUAAGCAUCUUACCAGUUGACAUAUUUUUGAUAUCUUCUACAAGAACCGAGAUAUAUUGGCUCAAAGAGUUGGAUGAGAAGUGUGUGGACCGCUCGGAGAACUUGGACCGCAGCCAUAACGCUGUACGGGUCGAGAACUUGACAGCGAGCUGGGAUACAGAAGACACGCCGACACUGGAGCAUCUGGAACUGACAGCUCCCCGCAACUCCCUCAUAGCAGUUGUUGGAAAGGUGGGAUGUGGAAAGUCCAGUCUCCUCCAGGCCCUUCUUGGAGAGAUGGGAAAGCUGAAAGGACGAAUCGGGGUUAAUGGAAAGGUGGCGUAUGUCCCACAACAGCCGUGGAUUCAGAAUAUGACACUUCGGGAUAAUAUCACUUUUGGAAGACCGUUCGAUCGGAAGAGAUAUGAUCAAGUGUUGUAUGCGUGUGCCUUGAAGGCGGAUAUCAAGAUCUUGCCAGCCGGCGAUCAAACAGAAAUUGGAGAGAAAGGAAUCAACCUAUCCGGAGGUCAAAAAGCGCGCGUCUCUCUCGCCCGAGCAGUCUAUCAGAAUCUCGACGUCUACCUCCUCGACGACCCGUUGUCAGCAGUGGAUGCUCAUGUCGGAAGGCACAUCUUCGAGAAAGUCAUCGGACCCAACGGCCUACUCCGUCAGAAGACCCGAAUCCUAGUGACCCAUGGAUUAACCUUCACCAAGCUCGCCGAUGAGAUUCUAGUGCUCCACGAGGGACGUCUCGAGGAAUCUGGAACCUUUGACGCUCUAAUGAAGAAGAGGGGUGUCUUUUACGACUUUAUGGAAGAGUACAAGUCGUCGUCAGAGGACUCUACAGAGGAGUUGGACAUUGGAGAGGAGCAAGGGCUGGUGGUAACUAGCGAUCUAGAUGAAUCUGUGAGGACUCCAGAGCUGACCACGCAGAUUUCCACGAUGUCGAGUCCUGAGAAAGGGGUUUUGGAUCGUUCCAUAAGCCAGAAGGAGGAGAACAAGCUCAUCAAGAAAGAAGACGUGGCGCAGGGCAAAGUGGAAAUCGCCACCUACCAGUUGUACGUCAAAGCCGCAGGAUACUCCCUAUCCAUCGCCUUCAUCCUAUUCUUCGUCUUCUACAUGACCGUACAGAUCCUCAGAUCGUUCUGGCUAUCCGCCUGGUCGGAUGAAUACGAUCCCGACUCGCCUAGCGCCCACCCGAUGGCCAAGGGAUGGAGGUUGGGUGUCUACGGAGCGCUGGGAUUUACAGAAGUCGGAUGCUUCUUCGUGGCACUUCUGGCGCUGGUUUUUGUGGGUCAACGGGCUUCGAAGAAUCUUCACGGACCCCUGAUUCAUAACUUGAUGAGGUCUCCAAUGUCGUUCUACGAUACAACACCGCUGGGACGGAUUCUGAAUCGAUGUGCCAAGGAUAUAGAGACCAUCGACAUGCUCCUACCGAUGAAUUUCCGAUAUCUAGUCAUGUGUGUACUUCAAGUGGCAUUCACACUGAUUGUCAUUAUCAUAUCAACCCCCCUCUUCGCUGUUGUCAUCGUCCCAUUGGCCGCUAUCUACCUGGUGUUCUUGAAAUACUACGUACCUACCUCCAGACAGCUGAAGAGGUUGGAAAGUGUGAAUCGAUCGCCAAUCUACUCGCAUUUCGGGGAGACUAUCCAAGGCGCAGCGUCCAUUCGCGCUUUCGGCAAGGUUGACGAGUUUCGAGAGCAUUCUGGAACGAUCCUCGACAGAUUCAUCAGGUGUAGAUACUCGAGCUUGGUGGCGAAUCGAUGGUUGGCAGUGCGGCUGGAGUUUGUCGGAAAUUGUAUUAUCUUCUUCGCGGCCCUGUUCGCAGUGCUCUCCAAAGAAUUCGGAUGGAUAACGAGUCCAGGAGUGAUUGGAGUGUCCGUAUCCUAUGCUCUGAACAUCACAGAAGUCCUCAAUUUCGCCGUUCGCCAAGUUUCGGAAAUCGAAGCGAACAUCGUGUCGGUGGAGCGAGUGAACGAAUACACAAACACUCCAAAUGAGGCCGAAUGGAGAAUUGAGGGACAGGCUCCGCCCACUGGAUGGCCCAGUCGCGGGGUGGUCACUUUUGAUGGGUACUCGACGAGAUAUCGAGAGGGAUUGGAUCUAGUGCUACGUGGAAUUUCGGCGGAUGUGCGGGCGGGCGAGAAGAUUGGAAUUGUGGGAAGAACGGGAGCAGGAAAAUCCUCAUUUGCCCUAGCACUAUUCCGUAUGGUCGAGGCCGCGGGCGGUCGAAUCGUGAUCGAUGGCAUCGAAGUGGCGUCGAUUGGUCUUCAUGAUCUCCGUAGUAAUAUCACUAUCAUUCCACAGGAUCCAGUACUCUUCUCUGGAACGCUCAGAUUCAAUUUGGACCCAUUUUCAACGUAUUCAGACGAUCAAAUCUGGCGAGCUCUCGAACUUGCUCAUCUCAAGUCCUUCGCCUCCGCGCUCCCCGACGGAUUACUGUACAAAAUCAGCGAGGCCGGCGAGAAUUUGAGUGUUGGCCAACGGCAAUUAGUCGCCCUGGCCCGUGCGCUCCUCCGACACACUCGGGUAUUGGUACUGGACGAGGCCACGGCGGCUGUCGACGUGGCAACGGAUGCGCUGAUUCAGGAGACGAUUCGAAACGAGUUUAGAGAGUGUACAGUAUUCACUAUUGCUCAUAGACUGAAUACCAUUAUGGAUUAUGAUAGAAUUAUGGUCCUCGACAAGGGAGCAAUUCUGGAAUUCGACUCUCCAGACGCACUGAUGGCCGAUCGAAAUAGUGCAUUCGCGAAAAUGGUCGCCGAUGCUGCCGAACAGGACAAACAUGAAUGA